AUGUACAAAAACUUUGAAAUUCAAUUUCGAAAGAAAUUAUUGGAGGACAAAAAGCUAAAAGAUAAGAUCAAGAAGAACGCAAUUCAUAACAGCCCCGAGGACUUGAAAAGUUUUCAUGAAGUUCUUGCUCCAGUCAUAGCCAUCGGCAAUGUUUUCAGCAUCUUUCCGGUCGCCGGAAUUUUCUCAAAGAAUGUCGAGUCGUUAAAGUUUAGGAUAUGGUAUCCUAUAACUAUCUACUCAAUUAUUGUCAACUUUUGUCUGCUUGUUGAAUUUUUUACGCUUUUUGUGUAUCUUUAUAAGGCUCCCUUUCAAUUUUUUAUGGUCGCAGUUCAGAAUACAAGAAUCAAAAUUGAAGGAUGUGAUGCAUCAAAACGUGAUUUUUGGAGGAUUCUGUUUGUGAAUGAGCGUCAAGUAUUCUUUAUGAUAUUGCCAUAUCAUUCAGCACUCUUGCCAUUUCUCGAAUGGUACGAAGUUGUAAAAACAAUGUGUUGGACAUAUUCGGAAGUUUUUGUAUCAUGUGUAUCGAUUGCGCUGUCUACGCGCUUUCAGCAACUCACAAAUCGCUUGAAAUUUUACGAGAAGCACCAUUUGGCAGAGUCAUUUUGGAAUGAAAUACGAGAAGACUAUAAUAUUGUAUCGAAUCUUGUGCUUAAAGCUGACAAAAUACUCUCCCCGAUUGUCAUUGUCUAUUCAUUCAGCAAUUUAUUUUUCAUUUGUCAAAAGAUUUUUAUGCAGUUUGAGAAGAAAAAAAUUGCAUGGGAUCGAUACUAUUCGCUGUACUCGUCUGUAUUUCUCAUUACUCGAACGACUUACAUGCUGUAUUUUGCUGCUGAAUACCAUCGACUUCUUGAUGUCGUACAUUCAAAUUGUGUUGCUUUGUCAGGAUAUCGAUUCUUUUAUGUAACAAAGUCAAUGAUACUUGCUGUGUUGCUUCAGCAGAGAAGUGAUAUUGACAUUGACCAUAACAUCACUACAAAUGCAUGCGGAGAGAUGACAAUAUAA